CUAUAGAUUUCCAUUAGAACUGCCCCUUUCUUUCCCUCUCCCCAUCUUUCCUCUACAUUCUAGCUCAGAAUCUCCAAAGUGCCAUGGUUGAUCCGAUCUCCUGCUGCAACCUUGCCCUCCAAUGCUGGGCUUGCUUUGGAGGGCCUAAUUAUUCAACCUAUGUCUUUAAAUUAGAAGAAAAUCACAGAUCUUUGAGUGGAAGCUUGGAGAGAUUGAAGAAUUUACGAGACGACGUGAAGACAAGAGUGGAGGAGGCAGAUGUGAGGGGAAUGACAUGGACAAAUGAAGUGGAUGGGUGGCUGCAACGUGUAGAACAAAGACAAGGGGAAGCUCAGAAUAUCCUAGAUGAAUGUUCUCGACGGAUUCACAAGGAUUGUCACUGUCUUGGAGAUUACUGUCCCAGGAACUGCUUCGCUAGCUACAAGCUUGGCAAGAAAGUGGCUCAAUUGCUCAAUGAAGUGGAUGCAUUAAUCGACCAAGGCAACAGUUUCACUGAGGUGGCUCAUAGACGGAUUCCACUUGCAGGAGAAGAAAUUCCUCUACCAUCAAUUAAGGGCAGUGACUUGAUGUUUGACAAGGUGUGUAGUUGCAUAAGAGAAAAUCAAGCUGGUAUUAUUGGACUUUACGGUAUAGGGGGAGUUGGAAAGACGACCCUUCUGAAGAAGAUCAACAACGAGUUUCUCCAAAAGACAGCGAACGGUGAUUUUGAGGUUGUGAUUUGGGUUGGCUUGUCCAAGGGAUUAAAGGAAGUAGAGAUGAAACAAGCGAUUCGGAAGGGAAUCGGUGAUACAUUGGGGAUUACACAAAAAGAAGAUAAAAACCAGGUUGCAGAGGCACCUCAAAUUUUCAGGUUGUUGACUCGAAAAACGUUCUUGCUCCUAUUGGAUGACAUAUGGGCUCCAUUCGACAUGAGUGAGAUUGGAAUUCCUCACCCUGCUAAUUCAAGCAACAAGUCAUCGAAGGUAAUAUUCACGACUAGAUCUGAACAAGUUUGUGGAGCCAUGGAAGCUAAGAGAAAGUUCAAAGUUGAAUGCUUGCCUCCCGACGAAGCAUGGAGUCUAUUUCAAGAGAAGGUGGGAGAGGACACCCUUAAAUGUCAUCCAGACAUACCUCGGCUCGCUAAGGAUGUUGCCAACGAGUGCGGUGGCUUGCCCUUAGCACUCAUCACCGUUGGCCGUGCCAUGGCUAGCAAGACGACUCCUCAAGAGUGGGAACAUGCCAUCACGAUGCUGCAGAAACAUCCGACAGAAGUUUCAGGUAUGGAAGAGAAAGUGUUUUCCAUUUUGAAGUUUAGCUAUGACUUCUUGCCAAAUGAUAAAGUCAAAUCUUGUUUCUUAUAUUGCUCCCUGUUUCCCGAAGAUCAUUCCAUUUGGGUUGCACCAGUUAUUUCAUAUUGGAUCGGGGAAGGGUUUAUAAAAGGAUUUGACGAAAUGAGGGAAGCAUUCAAUGAAGGAUAUGAUAUUAUUGAAACUCUAAAAAGGGCUUGUUUGUUAGAGCCCGACGGGACUUACCUUUUAAAGAUGCAUGAUUUGAUCCGUGACAUGGCAUUGUGGAUAAUUUCCAACGAUGGAAGGAAUAAGGACGUGCAUUUGCUGGUCAGGUAUGACGAUUUGACCAAGGCAGCGUCUUAUGAGCUUGAGGAGUGGCACGAGACAAAGCGGAUAUUUGUGAUGAUUUCUACAUCCAGUACGCCUGAUCAAGUAGAGCACCAAAUUAUUAAUACAGUCGUCUCGCCUGAGUGCCCCAACCUUACAACCUUCAUCACUGACAUAAAUCUUGACUUCAAUCAGCGAAUGAAAUUCCCUACUAACUUCUUCCAAUCUGCCACCAAUUCUCUUAGAGUUUUGGAUUUAUCCUAUUGUUCUAUAGGAAAAGAGUUCACAAGAAUGAUGGUUGAAUUGGAGUAUCUCAGUCUCGCAUAUACGGAUAUAACGGAAUUGCCAUACCAAGUGGGAAACUUGACCAAAUUAAAGUAUUUGAAUUUGAGUGGAACAUUUAAUCUUGGCGUGGUUUCGAUUGAGGGAAUCCUAAGGCUGUUGGAUCUGAGGUUAUUGGACCUAUUUAACUCUAAGUUUGGGGAUUGGGAAUUAGAAGGUAGGUCAAGAUUGAUGGAAUUAUUUGAAACCUUGAAACACUUUACUGACCUGAGUGUCACAAUUAAAAGCGACAUCUCUCUCCAAAGUUGGAUCAACUCCGACAAGUUGCGGAACUACACAACACGUCUGUGUGUUCAAGAUUGUGAGAACAAAUCUAUUAGAAUAACUACUAACAUUGAAAACAUGAAGCAUCUGACAGAGCUUCGGAUAAAGAAUUGUCCGCGGUUAAGAGAGGUGAGCAUUAGUUGGCGUACCGAGAACGGGUCGACCUUGAACCUGGAGAUGCUAUCACUCGCUGGCCUCCCCAAGUUACAGAUUGUGGAGUUUCCGCCGCAUGUGUUCUUAGAAAACCUUCAAGAUGCAGAAAUCUGUAAUUGUCAAGUUUUGGAGGACCUCACCUGGCUUCGUCAUACUCAAAAGCUCAAAAGACUAUGGCUGGGUGAUCUACCAAGAUUAAAACUGGUAGUAGCGAGUGAUGAAGAAGACGCCGAAGAAAGGUCGAAACCAUUGUCAAGUCUCAAGUUUAUAUUACUGCUACAGCUACCAGAAUUAGAAAUCAUAUACCCUGGAGCAUUGCCUCUUCCUUGCCUAGAGGAAAUUGUAGUGAAAGAAUGCCCAAAGUUGAAGAAGCUCCCAUUUGACUCCAAUACCGCCAACAACACUAUGCAAUGGAUUAAAGCAAGUGAGGAGUGGUGGAACGCGCUAGAAUGGGAUGAUGAAAGCACCAAGUCCACUUUUGAAAAAUAUUUCACUACCUCAUUGUAUUCCUAGCUAGCUCAAGGAAUUCCAAGGUCAUGGUAGAUCAGCAAAACAAUGAUAUAGCUAUAUAUCGGCAUCUAUUGGUUUAGGUUUUCUUUCUGUUUUUCCUUUUUUUUUCUUUUGGGUAAGACAUUUGUUGGUUUGUGGUUAGCUUGAUCUUGAAUGAAUACACAUUUAUACAUAGUAUUAGCAUACAAUGAUGGUUUGCUUUUUAAUCUUCUAA